AUGGGACAAGAUUACAGCUACAGCCAGCCCUCUUCAUCAUCAGACUCUCUGGACAUAACCUCCUUUCUUGAAGCCGAAGCUCAGAUUUACGCGGAUGAAACUGACAGUAGCAACCGCAAUGCAAUGCCGGAUCAGUACCCACGUCAACCAGAGGCUGAUGAUGGAAUCCCCACGACAUGCUACUGUGGAGCUCAGCCUGUUCUCGGCUGCUCUUACACUCCUAAAGACCCAUACAGAAGGUACUUUACGUGCGAUAAUGCUGAUGAUGGAGACUGCCACGUUUGGAAAUGGUGGGAAGUGGCAGUCAUGGAGGAGAUGAGGGAGUUUCAAAGGCAACUUAGUGAUCUUAAAAAGACGGUAGAUGAGAGUGAGCAGAAGCGCCUUAACCUUGAGAAGACGGAAGAUGAGCUUUCAAAGAAGAAAGCAGGAAUUAAGCUAAUGGCCUGUCUAUUAGUCUUAAUAGGUUUGGUUGUUUUAUCUCAUGUUUUUUUAGGAAUUGUUGCAAAGGUUUCAAAGGAGAGUGGCGUUCGUCUGAAUUAUCUGUAA